AUGGUCUUGAGACCUCUAAUCAUCAGCCAAGAGUCGAACGGAGCGAGACCUGAUCCGGUAGCAUUAAUAACAAAGAAUAAUUUCUUGGCCAACACCUCACUGUUGGUAGCAAGAACACCAGCCAUGACGUCGUGGUGGCCGUUCAUUCAUCAUGGUGUUGUCAAAGACAACCACACACUCUGGGUUUUGCUUGUGAGCGUAGUCGGCGAUAGCUUUCAAGUCACAGAUCUUGAUGAGUGGGUUGGUUGGCGACUCCAAGAACACCAUUUUGGUGGUCUUAGUGAUCUUGGAGGUGAUCAGCUCCAAGUUGGUGGUGUCGUAGUGACCAACCUUGACACCGUUGACCGUCUUGAUAUAGGUCAAAAGUCUAUCAGUUCCUCCGUACAAGUCAUCUCCGGCAACAACUUCAUCGCCUGGAGCCAGCGAGCGGACAAUGACGUCCAAGGCAGCCAUACCGGAGUUGACAGCGUACACGAACUUGGCUUUCAUGACUUUGGAAAGGUGCUGCUGCAGAGUGGCUCUAGUUGGAUUUCCAGACCGGGUAUAGUCAAAUUCGCCCAUAUCGUCGAACGAGUUUGGCUUGAAAGUGGCCGACAGGUACACAGGAGCAACAGAUGCGUUGUUGCCAUCCUUGUGGGAGACAUGGACAAGUUCUGUUUCUAG